AUGAAUGGAGUAGGGGUUCCCAAUUCCAUGUACAGAGACCCUCACCCGCUGCAGCCAAUCCCCCUAGUUCACAACCUGAACCCCUGGCUGCCACUCCACGCCACACAGCAUGCCCUGCACCCCAAUGUCAUGCUGGCCAGCAUGGGAUCCACUGUCAACGACAACUUGAAGCAGGACAAAGACGCGAUCUAUGGGCACCCAUUGUUUCCUCUGUUAGCUCUGGUCUUUGAGAAGUGCGAGCUGGCAACCUGCACUCCCCGGGAACCUGGAGUGGCCAGCGGAGACAUCUGCUUCUCCGACUCCUUCAACAAGGACAUCACAGUCUUUGCCAAGCAGGUUCAUGCCAAAAAGCCACUUUUCUCCUCAAAUCCAGAGCUGGACAAUUUGAUGAUACAAGCAAUACAAGUACUAAGGUUUCAUCUUUUGGAGUUAGAAAAGGUUCAUGAACUGUGCAAUAACUUCUGCCACUGAUGCCUUAGCUGUUUGAAGGGGAAAAU